AUGGAGAGAAUAGAAGAUAUAAAAUAAUUGUAAUAAUAGAUAUUAAUUUUAUAAAUGGUUUAUUCAAUAGGUUAAGGUAAAAGAUCAGAUCCUGGAUUAAAAACAUUUACACCUGGUCCGAAUGCAUAUCUUCCGAAAUUGGUUUAAAAAUAGCAAGCACCUUAAUGGACGUAAGGCGAAGUUAUUAGAGUAGUAUUGGUGGUGCAGCUUAAAGGGAAGGUAGAUCAACAUCAAUAGGACCAGGACCUGGACAAUAUGGAUAUCAAUCAAAAGUGUUAGAAGGUCCAAAGUAUACAAUGAGUGGAAAACAUGAAUUUAAAAAGCAAUCUUUAUCUCCAGGUCCUGGAAAUUAUGAUGAUGAAAGUUUUAGUUCUGUUUACAAAAAGUAACCAAUGUAUACUUUGGGUCUAAAACAUCAUACAUUUUAAAAAGAUAAUGUACCUGGUCCUGGAUAAUAUGAUUUUAACAGUUCUUAAAUCUCUAACAAUUCAAUUAAAUUUCCAACAUAACCAAGAUUAACAUCUUUAGAAGGUGGUAUGACACCUGGACCUGGAUGUAAAUUUAAUAACCUUUAUUUUAGAAUACAACAUUGAUAAGGCAGCAAAGUAAUUAUUAGAAAAAUCUUAACCUUCUUGGGUUAUAGGAACAUCUUAACGAUCUUCAGAAUUAAGAAAGUAAGAUACAUAACCAGGACCUGGAGCAUAUCAUUUAAAGAGUCUACUCAAUUUAUCUAAGAAUUUUACAUUAAAAUAGAAAUUAAGUACUAAAGAUUAUAAUUCUAAUCAACCUGGUCCAGGAGCAUAUGAUUAGGAUGUUUCAACGAUUAAAUCAAAUUAUCCAUCUUAUAAGAUUGGUUCAGAAUUGAGGAAUACAUAAAAUCAAUUAGAUAAAUUAUUUCCUGGACCUGGAUAAUAUCAUAGAGAGUAUUAGAUAUUAAUUUAAUAAUAAAUAGGAGAUUGGAUAGUUUAAAUUCAUUAUAGAAAUCAGCUCCAUCUUUUAAGAUGCCUUAAGCACUUAGAAAAGAUCUCAAUGAUUCAGUAACAAUAACUCCUGGACCUGGAUAGUAUUCAUUACCUUAGAAUUAGAAUGCAUAGAUGGUUUCAAUUAAGGGAUCAAUUUAUAAUCCAAAUGGUUCUACAUAUAUACCAGGGCCAGGAUAAUAUAAUCCGGAUGAUUCUGUUAUUAAACAUAAAGAUGGUUCAGUGAAGAUUGCACCAGAAUAUAAAACUAAAUAAUUGUUAACAUAAUAUUAUCCUGGACCUGGAUAAUAUUCAAUUAAAUCAUCUCUCGAAGGACCAUAAUGGGGAUUCUCUAAAGAUAUUCGUUCAGGUUUAAUUAAAAAGGACAUCAUUCCUGGACCAGGUGCUUAUAAUAUACCUCCAAAAUUUAAUGAUGUACCAAAAUAUCUAUUGCCUAAAUAAAUUUGA